GCGCAGCCGCGCCCCCUUUUUCUACCCAGCGUCAGCCCCAACCGCACCACCCCGCUCCCCAUCGUCUCUCUCCCCCACGAAUUCAAAUUUCUCUCCAACCCCAAAACCCCUCCUCCCCCUCCCACCGCAACCACCAUCCCCGUCCCCGUCCGAAAUCCACACCGAUCUCCCCACCCCGUGAUCGGAACCGCCUCCCGAUCGCCGCCGAGAGGUUGCGCGGGGCAGGGGGCAGCCGUCGGAGAGGAGCGGCGCUCGCCGUCGAAGGUUCAGCUAAUGGAUAUCACUGAGGUUCUGCUAGCUACGCAGUCCCAUGAUGGUCAGAUACGAAAUGUUGCAGAAGGGAAUAUCAAGCAAUUUGAGGAGCAGAGUUUUCCACAGUUUCUGCAAGCAUUAUCUGCUGAGCUAUCAAAUGAUAGCAAACCUCCUGUAUCUCGAAGGCUUGCUGGUAUUCUUCUUAAAAAUUCCUUGGAUGCAAAUGAUUUAGUGAGGAAAGAAAAAUGCACACAACGAUGGAGAAGUGUGGACCCUGCAAUCAAGUCACAGGUUAAAGGUUCCCUGUUGAUGACCCUUGGAUCACCAGUAUCUGACGCUCACCGCAGUUCUUCACAAGUCAUUGCAAAGAUUGCUUCCAUUGAGAUCCCUCUCCAAGGAUGGCCAGAACUCAUAAUAAGCUUGCUAGGUAACAUGACAAAGCCAGAUGCACCCCCUUCUCUGAAGCAGGCUACCCUGGAUGCCAUUGGAUAUGUCUGUGAGGAGAUAUCCCCUAAGGAUCUGGAGCAGGAUCAAGUUAAUGCUGUUCUUACUGCUGUGGUCCAGGGUAUGAACCACGUGGAGAAUAGUUCAGGGGUCCGACUUGCUGCUGUUAAAGCAUUGUACAAUGCUCUUGAUUUUGCUGAGACAAAUUUUCAGAAUGAAUCAGAGAGGAACUACAUAAUGAAGGUAGUUUGUGAGACUGCCAUUUCUAAAGAGGCUGAUAUUAGGAAGGCUGCAUUUGAGUGUUUGGUCUCCAUAGCAUCAACAUACUAUGAUCUUCUAGAGCCCUACAUGCAGACAUUAUUUGAGUUGACAGCAAAUGCUGCCAGGGCAGAUGAAGAACAGGUAGCACUUCAAGCUAUUGAGUUCUGGAGCACAAUCUGUGAUGAAGAAGUUGCAAUUCAAGAAGACGCUGAAGAAUCUGGUGAUGUUAGUUCUGCAUGUCAUUUCCAUUUUAUUGAAAAGGCCCUUCCUUUGCUUGUCCCUAUGCUUUUAGAAACACUUCUGAAGCAAGAGGAGGAUCAAGAUGAAGAUGAUGGAAUCUGGAAUAUAUCAAUGGCGGGGGGCACCUGCCUUGGGCUUGUUGCAACGGCUGUCAAGGAUGCCAUUGUGCCUCUUGUGAUGCCAUUUAUAGAAGGCAAUAUAACAAAGCCUGACUGGCACAGCAGGGAAGCUGCUACAUUUGCAUUUGGCUCCAUUCUUGAAGGUCCUUCAGUUGAAAAGCUUGCACCACUGGUUCAUGCUGGCUUUGAUUUCCUGCUAAAUGCAACCAAGGAUCAAAAUAACCAUGUCAGGGAGACUACUGCAUGGGCACUUUCGAGGGCAUUUGAGUUUCUACAUUCACCAACCAGUGGUGUUUCUGUAGUGACAAAUGCAAACCUUCCUCAUGUUAUAGAAAUUAUGUUAACAAGUAUCAAAGACUCCCCUAAUGUUGCUGAGAAGAUCUGUGGUGCCCUGUAUUUUCUUGCUCUCGGCUAUGAGAAUGCAGGGUCUAUGUCAUCAGUGCUGUCACCCUACUUUGGUCAAUUAGUAUCAGCUCUCCUUGCCACUGCUGAUCGAUCUGAUUCCAACAACUCCAGGCUUUGUGCAUCUGCAUAUGAAACACUUAAUGAGAUUGUGAGAUGCAGCAGCAUUGCAGACACUCUGAACAUGAUUGUGUUAUUAUUGCAAGAGAUCUUGAAGAGAUUAAACCAGACCUUUGAGUUUCAGAUCACAUCCUCUGAGGACAAGGAAAAGCAAAGUGAUCUUCAAGCCUUGCUGUGUGGUGUUGUUCAAGUAAUCCUUCAGAAGUUCAGCAACUGUGAUGAUAAGUCAGUAAUCAUUCAGUUUGCUGACCAAAUAAUGGUGUUAUUUCUCCGGGUUUUUUCAUGCGAUAGUUCUAAUGUGCAUGAAGAAGCAAUGCUUGCUAUUGGUGCUCUUGCUUAUGCUACUGGACCGGAAUUUGUGAAAUACAUGCCAGAGUUUCACAAGUACCUUGAAAUGGGCUUACAAAAUUUUGGUGCAUAUCAAGUAUGCUGUGUUUCUGUUGGUGUGGUUGCGGACAUCUGUCGUGCUCUGGAUGACGAGGUACUCCCUUACUGUGAUGCUAUCAUGUCCGCCCUUCUCAAGGACCUUUCAAGCCCAGAGCUUCACCGUUCUGUGAAACCGCCAAUUUUGUCAUGCAUAGGAGAUAUUGCACUUACAAUUGGUGAGCAUUUUGAGAAAUAUGUUCCAUACACUGUGCCUAUGUUGCAAGGAGCUGCAGAGCUUUGUUCUCGCAUGGACCUUCCUGAUGAUGACAGUACAGAGUAUAAAAAUGAACUCAGGCGAAGCAUCUUCGAGGCCUAUUCAGGUAUACUUCAGGGAGUCAAAAAUUCAAAAUCAGAGCUAAUGGUUCCUUAUGCCAGCCAUAUUUUCCAGUUCGCUGAACUGGUCUUGCGAGAGACAUCAAGGGACGAGGGUCUGACGAAAGCUGGAGUUGCCUUGGUCGGGGACCUGGCGGAUGCGCUAGGACCUUCCAUCAAACUGCUGCUCAAGAAUUCCAACUUCCACUCGGAGCUCCUUGGGCGCUGUUCCCAGUCUGACGACGAACAGCUAAGGGAGACCGCAUCCUGGGUCCAGGGUGUGAUCUCACGUGUGCUGGUUUCAUGAGGGAAAGCUUCUCCGGCAGAGCUGCAGGUUCUUUAUCCGGGUCACUCAGUGUUGUCGAUGGUUCUCUGGGCAAACUAUUUCUCUUGCCAGAUGAAAUAUUUUUGAGAAAUGUGCUGCAUAUAUGUCCUGUUAUCAUGUUGCAAAAGUGGAACAAGGUUGGAUGAGAUCAUCUAUGGUUGUCAAGUUCGUACUAGUGGCAGCGGCUUGCCAUUGUCUAAAGUGGGUUGGGUUCCUGUUGCAUUUUGUUCAGGUGUCCAUGUGAGUCGAUUGUAAUUGCAGCAAUUGUGUCUUGUUGGCACCAUUGCUCAUCAGUAAAGUUGUCGCCGAUGGCGUGGAACUGUUA